CUAGAGGCCAUGCUAUAUUAGUUUAUGGAGUCAGAGUGUGUCAACAAGUUUUUUUUUGUAGUUGUAUUGCUUAACAAUAUCAAAUCAAACAAUAAACUGUAGUAUUCGGUGAAUAAGAAGUGCUCCAACGUUUUGCGUAAAUUAAAAUUCGAAUUAUUUAUAAUCAGCUAGAUCACCCAUAUUGAGACUACCGUAAUGGCCAAAUCAAUUCAAUAGCAUUCCCAUUCGUGCUGCAGUCCGAAAUUCCUCUAAAAUACAUUGAACUUAUUGAUAGUUGCCGUCGCAGCAACGACAACGUCAAUAGAGAGAAGAAAGCACUAACGACUGAGUUUAUUGGUUUGACGAUAUUGAAGAAAAAAAUGGCAUUAGCUAGAAGAGCAACUCAUGCCGGAAGUUGGUACACGAAUUCUGGGUCGGAGUUAAAUAAGCAACUGGAAGACUGGUUAGAAGAAGCAGAGUUAUCGCAUGGCCCAGCUAGGGCGAUUAUUUCGCCUCACGCCGGGUACAGCUACUGUGGAGAAUGUGCCAGCUUCGCGUAUCGCCAAAUAAGCCCAAUUGUCGUCCGCAGAAUAUUCAUUUUAGGGCCAUCUCAUCAUGUGAGAUUAGCAGGAUGUGCUCUUUCUUCGGCUUCUAUUUAUCAAACCCCACUUUAUGAUUUACAUAUUGACAAACAAGUGUACAGGGAACUUAAAGAAACAGGGCACUUUGAGAUGAUGGAUAUGACUACGGAUGAGGAAGAACAUAGCAUCGAGAUGCAGCUACCAUUCAUUGCCAAAACAAUGGAAGACUUCAAGGAUUCCUUUACUAUAGUCCCAAUUUUAGUGGGAUCCUUGAGCCCUGAUAGAGAAGCUUUAUACGGUAGACUGUUAGCCCCUUAUCUGGCUGAUCCGCAGAGUCUCUUCGUCAUUUCCUCAGAUUUUUGUCAUUGGGGUCAACGAUUCCGUUACACUUAUUAUGAUAGAUCAUGUGGUCCUGUACAUAGAUCUAUUCAGAAUCUUGACAAGAUGGGUAUGAACAUCAUUGAAACUAUGAACUCUCCAUCAUUCACUGAUUACCUUAAGAAAUAUGGUAAUACGAUAUGCGGCCGCCAUCCUAUUGGAGUCUUGUUACAGACUAUCCAAUGCUUGAAAGGAAAUGCCAACGGCCAAAGGAUGAACCUAAAAUUUCUAAAGUAUGCUCAAAGUAGUCAAUGUAUUAACAUGAAUGAUAGUUCUGUUAGUUAUGCCAGUGCUUCCCUAGUGGUCGAGUGAUGAAAUGCCUUGACUACUAAUAGACAAUGCUGAGAUAAGUGAAAUUUGUCGAUGCUGGAAACUAUAGUAAUAUUACAGUAAUUGUCCUAACGAAUUGAUUUAAUAUAAUUGAAAGAUAUAUACUACAAGUAACGACUGAGACAAUCGAAAUAGCGAUUGGUGAUUAUUGUGAUAAAAAAAAUUUAAGUAAAGCUCGAAUGCCGUGCGAGUGUGAUAUUAAAGCAACUUAAAUUUUCUAUUUGUAUACCUGGCCUUGUUCUUAUAACAGUCCUUAUACAAAAUAAAUCUGGUGAAACUGUAAUGUUAUUCUAGUAUCCUAGUCGACCACUUGUAUACGCACAGUUUUUGUUCUCUACUUAUAAAUGACAUUCGGUACUUCCAUAAAUAGCACUGUCGAUGGUUGAAUGAGCUUAAAGAAUUUCUCACUUCUUUUCAUUGUGAAUAACUGGAUACAAGUUCGACUACAGUGGCGUUAACAACUUUCAUUUGGCACAGAUUGGCAGAAUAUUCAUGUUAGAGUGGCAAACAAGUGUAAUUAACGAAAAAUUGUAGAUAAAAUAAGACUUUUGAACAUUUAAUAAAACGAACAAAAGAAUUAUUGAUUGAGCUGACAGUAACAUGAACAAUCUGUACCGAUAUGUGCCAUGAUAAAUAUCCGUUUAUAGAUUUAGAUCAUGCAAAGUUAUUUCAGAAGAAUAAAACUAGAAAGUUGUAUUGCGUUUUUAAAACAAGCUAACAGAAUGAUCUCACGUCCUUCCAAUUGCAUCAUGUACUGUUUACAGUCUCGAAGGAUUAAUGGCAGCAUAUUGUAUUAGAACCACAUAUAAUGGGCGUGAUAAUGUGAGAUUGUUAUUCCGAGGGUUUCUCUCGAGUAUUCAUUAACAUUAUGCAUUUAAUUGAUAUAUAUAUCCAAGAUUUUUUCUAUUAAGCUAACUACUGUAAAUGAGGAUCACAUAUACUUGAAUGCUAUAAGUUGUUUAAUGGUAACUUUGUUGGUUUACUUAAAAAUUACUAGAGCAUACGAACGAAAAUCUACAGGAUUAUCAACACUAUUGCUAAUUCUGUACCUUGCGGUGUAACAACAAUUCAUAUUACAUAACUGUGAUAAGAAUCCCAUAGUUUUGCGUGCGUCGGCGCACAGCACUGUUUUGUUUUUAUGUCAGCAGCGGAAUUGUAAGCGCCAGAUAUUCUCUACGGAUAAUAAUAAGCAAUUGUUAACACUUAAUCAUUUAUAUUAAUGGUAACGGGAAAUUAAAAGGCGAAAGGAUCCAUCAAAGAGAUGGAUUUAUUCCACAGGAAUCCUACAAGUUCUACACGUCACUGCUACUGUUAUUGGUCCGACGAGUCCCUUAUUGUGGAAUUAACUUAAGGCAGUGUCCUGCUUUAGGAGGCCUAAAAAAAAGCGUUUUUCCGGGAACUCUUUUAGAACAGAAAAAAAUAAGCAAGUGUAGUUAACCUAGAAGAUUAUUUUAUUGCAUAUUUGAACAUUAAAAAAAUUGUUUGAGCGAAAAAUAUUCAUACACAGCAGAUUUUUAUGCUCAUUUGUGCAACACCUUGCAAUUGCAGUCUCUAAUCAGCGGGAAAGAUGGAGCUCGCAAUUUUCGUUUGAAACAAAAAAACCAAAGAAAAUUUUAAUUUCCAUAUAUUUUUCUUUUAGAUAAACUAAGAAAAACCCAAAAAAUUGUGACAUCUAAAAUUUUUUUCAAGUUUGAAAAAAAUGUUUUUUGUGAAAAAAAAAAUCAUUUUAACUUGCUAAAAAAGUUGUUUCGAACUUUUUUCAUGAAUCUUUUUAGUUCAAAUAGAAGAGAAUACAAAACUGAAGCUAACCAGCCUUGGUUCGUUUUGAUUGGUCGUCUAGUUUUCUUGCAAUCACGCCCGCCAGUUUAGAAAAAGCGUAAAAAUGAAAACUCGAGAAAACGCGCUUUAAAGUAAAGGAGCGCGCGCUCCAGCUGCCCAUACCCCAUUGCGUUUAUUCCUGUAUAUUUGAAAAUAUUGUGAAUUAGCCUCUAUACUUUGAAUACAUAUUCUUGGAUACAUUAGGAAUAGAUUUAGGCAAUAAAAAAAAAUCGAUUUUUGAACCCUUUUAAAGCAGGAUACUGCCUUAACACUAGAAAGACCGAAACUUAGUACAUACCUAUAUUGCCCAAGGCAGUCAAAAUGACUGCAUUGUGAAAGAAUAACUAAUGUGUAAAGAAAUUUGUUUAAAAUUAAUUUUUUAUAUUUUUUAUAUUA